AUGUUACCAGUGACUAAGGCAUGGUUAGGAAACCUUAGAAUCCCUGCAGCUAGUCUUUUGAAUUGCAGUAGGAUCGGUAUUAGAUUCAGUUCAACCACCAACACCUCCUCGUCAUCAUCAUCAGCAUCACAAGAGUUGACUGAAUUGGAAUUACAAGAUAUCAAAUAUAGAAAGCAAAGAGAGUUGAGUUUAAAAUUAACCAAGAUGAAAAACUAUGGUGAUGCAUUCCCAAAACAUUCACACCCAGGUUCCACACACUACAAAAAACCAGUACAUGAUCAUUUGCACAAGGGUAAGCCAAUCAAGGAAUUGACUAUCGCCAUUAGAAAGACUGUCAGUGGUAGAAAUAAUCAAGGUAAAAUUACUGUACGUGGUAGAGGUGGUGGCCACAAGAAAAGAGCCAGAUUACUUGAUUUCCAUCGUUCAGUCGCAGGAAGACAAGAGGUUAUUAGAAUUGAGUAUGAUCCAAAUAGAUCUGGGCACAUUGCUUUGCUUAAACACAUGGAAACCGGUGAUUUAUCAUACAUCGUUGCCCCACAAGGUUUGAGAAGCGGUGAUAUAGUGGAAAGUUUCAGACAAGGUAUUCCAAAGGAUUUCAUUGAAGAAAUGAAAAGAACAAACAAUGGGGAAAUUGAUGAAGCAUUGUUAUCUGCCAGAAUUUUACAAAGAGGUAACUGUUUGCCUUUGAGAAUGUUACCAGUUGGUUCAAUUAUUCACUGUGUUGGUUUAGAUAAAACCAGACCAGCAAAAUUAGUUAGAUCUGCUGGUACUUUUGCAAAGAUUUUAUCAAAACAUGCUGAUAAGGAUAGAGCUGUCAUCAAAUUGUCUUCAGGUGAACAACGUUAUGUUAGAUUAGAUUGUCAUGCUACCUUGGGUGUAGUUUCAAAUAAAGAACAUCAAUUGAUUUCUUGGGGUAAAGCUGGUAGAAGUCGUUACAGAGGUUUCAGACCAAAAGUCAGAGGUGUGGCCAUGAAUGCUUGUGACCAUCCUCAUGGUGGUGGUAGAGGUAAAUCCAAGUCAAAUAAGGUUUCUCAAUCCAUGUGGGGUUUGAAGAAGUUCCAAAAGACCAGAUUGAGACCAAGUCCAGAACAAAUCAAAACCAGAAAGGGUCAUUUGAUCAACCACGACAAAUACAAAUAG